GCACGUUUGCACUGAAUGAGCUGCAGUGUUUAGCUCGGUGUAACAAGUUUCUCAGGACCAUCAUGGGGGUGGGAGUCAGCAGCUAAUUGACACAUCAAUACAAAGUUGCAGCUCACUCUGCCCGCAUCUCAAGUAGCCUCGGGAUCUUACGUCUUGGCAAAUGUAAGGACGCGAGAGGGUCCCUAUUUUUUUCGUCUCUGAGCGACUCCUCAGCCAGUCAAGUCUACGCCGAAAAGCCAGGCACAAAAGUAAAGAUGAACAGCCUGUCUUUUGACGAUCCUUCGCUGGAUAAUCUGGAUCCAACACUGUCGCUAAAUGACCCCAGCGACAUUGACACGGCCCUCUUAAGCGACAUCGAUGACAUGCUACAGCUCAUCAGCCACCAAGACAUGGAGUUUGGAGGACUUUUUGAUAACCCUCCAUACACGGGGGCUCCCACUACCGAAGAGCCUCCUGGAUUGUCCCAGUCCCUCACCACACCUCUGACUCCACCCCCCCCGACCACACCUCCUGCACCAUCAUUGUCCUCCUCCAUCCUAAGCAGUAGCCCACACCUUGACGCACUCCUGGGCCCUCCCAUCAUUCGUAGUUCCUCCACCCCGGACAAGGCCUUCCAGCCUCCAACCUUCCAGCAGUCCCCCCUGGCCCAGGUUCCCACCGCCACACAGAGGACACAGCCAGCCUCAGCGCAGCAGGCUCAGAGCCUCAGGCAGCCCCAGGUGGAGCAGCCUCAGCCCAUUCUCAGCCUGCCUGUCCCAUCACAGGCAGCUUCCCCUCAUGGCUCACCAGCACCAAACUCCGCUUUCAUCUCUACGCCCCAAACUCCGUUUGCCUCGCCUGCACCCCAACCCCAGGCGCAGACGCAACUUCAGGCGCCGCCUCAGCAGAUCCGGACCGCCUACAUCACCCAGAACAGCUACACAACUGUCAGUCCCAGCAGCGUGAGCAAACCUGCCACCAUCUUGUCAUCGUCCCCUCCAAGAGUUCAGCCAGUGACCAUCCAGGCUCAGCUGACCACCACGUCUCCUCCCCUGGUCACGUCAGCCAGUCCCCCGGUUCAAAGCAUUGCGACUCACGUGCAGCAAGUACCUGUGUUGCUCCAACCCCAGUUUAUCAAGGCCGAGUCUUUGCUGCUGACCACCCUGAAGCACGACCCCUGCAUUGUCACUACCAUGGCCUCUGGCACAUCCCUGGCCACCACCACCCCCGUGCAGAGCGCUUCGCUGCAGGCCUUUAUGGGCAAUGGCACCAUCCUAACCACGAUGCCUGUCAUGGUGGACGGCGACAAGCUGCCCAUCAACCGCAUCGCCAUCAGCGCCAAGCCGCUCGGCCUGCCGUACAAGGGCGAGAAGCGCACGGCCCACAACGCCAUCGAGAAGCGCUACCGCUCAUCUAUUAACGACAAAAUCCUCGAGCUCAAAGACCUGGUGACGGGUACUGAGGCCAAGCUCAACAAGUCUGCAGUGCUGAAAAAAGCCAUCGACUACAUCCGUUACCUGCAGCAGACCAACCAGAAGCUCAAACAGGAGAACAUGGCUUUUAAAAUGGCAGCCCAGAAAGACAAGUCUCUCAAGGAUCUGGUUGCCAUGGAGGUGGACGGACCGGCCGACGUGAAGAAUGAGCUGCCGACGCCGCCGGCUUCCGAUGUGGGCUCCCCCACCUCCUUCUCCCACUGUGGCAGUGACUCUGAGCCUGACAGUCCGAUGGGGGAGGACACAAAGCAGCCGAGUGCGGCCACGUUGGAGGGAUCAGCGGCAGGCGGCAGCGCCGGUGGCAUGUUGGACCGCUCCCGCAUGGCUUUGUGCACCUUCACCUUCCUCUUUCUCUCCCUCAACCCUCUGGCCGCCCUGCUCUGCUCAUCUGGCGGCAGCUCAGCCGCGAGCGCCCCGGCCUCCGCCACCCAUCACGCAGGACGGAGCGUCCUGGGAGUGGAUGUGGCAGCCGACUCGUGGGGCUGGAUGGACUGGAUGCUGCCCACGAUACUGGUGUGGCUGCUGAACGGCAUUCUGGUGUCGGGGGUUCUGAUCCGACUGUUGGUGUAUGGAGAGCCCGUAACCAGGCCGCACUCUGGAUCGUCCGUCUUGUUUUGGAGGCACCGCAAGCAGGCUGAUCUGGACCUAGCAAGAGGAGAUUUUGCCCAGGCCAGUCAGAACCUGUGGACAUGUCUGAAGGCUCUUGGUCGUCCCCUGCCCAUCUCGCAGCUGGACCUGGGUUGUGCUGCCCUUUGGGCCCUGCUGAGAUUCUGCCUCCAGCGCCUCUGGGUGGGCCGCUGGCUGGCCGCCAGGGCCGGAGGGCUGCGAUCUGACCGCCCGCUGAAGGAGGACGCCUCCAAAAGCAGCCGGGACGCCGCCCUUGUUUACCACCGCCUGCACCAGCUACACAUGACAGGUAAGCUGAAUGGUAGCCACCUGUCAGCAGUGCACAUGGCCCUCAGUGCCGUGAACCUGGCAGAGUGUGCUGGUUCCUGUCUGCCUGUAGCCAGUCUGGCUGAGGUCUACGUCUCUGCAGCCCUCCGGGUCAAAGCCAGCAUGCCAAGAAUCCUUCAUUUUACCUCUCGUGUGUUCCUGAGCAGCGCUCGCCAGGCGUGCCUGUCUUCCAGUGGCAGUGUGCCUCCAGCUAUGCAGUGGCUGUGUCACCCGCUAGGCCACCGCUUCUUUGUGGACGGCGACUGGGCGAUUCGCAGCACUCCUAAAGAAAGCAUCUACAGCCAGGCGGGCAAUACUGUGGAUCCUCUGGCCCAGGUGACUCAGGCUUUCAGGGAGCAUCUCCUGGAGAAGGCUCUGUACUGUGUGGCUCAGCCUCACGAAGAGAAAAGCCCCAGCCAGGGGGAAGGGGAGUACACCGAUGCCCUGGAGUACCUCCAGCUGUUGAUUAGCGCAUCGGAUGCCGCUGGUGGCACCUCCCAGUCCUUUGCUGUUGGUUCCAACAUGGCCACUGUGACUGCAUGCCAGAGGGAAGAAACUGAUCGAUUCAGAGGUCAAAAUACUUGUGACCCUCACUCCAAGUGGUGGUCCUCGGUUACCGUGGUGAUCAUCAACUGGCUCCAAGGAGACGACGCCGCGGCCGAGAGACUGUAUCCGACUGUUGAGCACCUGCCCCGCAGUCUGCAGAACGCAGAGAGUCUUCUUCCCAAGACUUGUCUGAACACAUUCAGGGCCGUGCGGGCGCUGCUGUCCAAGCCAGAGAACUGCCAGCUGAGUCUGAGCUACAGCGACAAGGCCAGCGCCCUGCUUCGAGACAGCCUCAACCUAGGACCACACUGCCACAGCUCCAGUUUAGACAAGGUUGUCCAGUUGCUGUUGUGUGAUCUCUUGUUGGUGAUGAGGACCAACGUGUGGCGCCUGCAGCAGCAGGUGGUCGGUCCGGUAGCGUCUGGGCCGGUGGGUACCGGCGGCCCGGUGGGGGUCCACCAGGCGUCCCCACCGGAGCUCCAAGGCUUUCAGCAAGACCUCAGUUCCCUACGCAAGCUGGCUCAUAGCUUCAGGCCUGCAAUGCGAAGAUUGUUCCUUCAUGAAGCCACAGCCAGGCUGAUGGCGGGAGCGAGUCCCACCCGCACCCACCAGCUGCUGGACCGCUCGCUGCGACGCAGGGCAACGCCCGGAGCCAAGACAGAGGAGUGCGAGACGCGGCCAGGCAAGCGGGAGCAGGCGGAGGCUGUGAUGUUGGCGUGCCGCUACCUUCCCCCCUCCUUUCUGUCGGCCCCGGGCCAAAGGGUGGGCAUGCUGGCGGAUGCGGCCCGCACCCUGGAGAAGCUGGGAGACAAGAGGACCCUCCAUGACUGCCAGCAAAUGAUCAUCAAGCUGGGCAGCGGCACCACCGUCACCAACAGCUAGAGAGAGAGAGGGAGGGAAUGGAGGUGGGGGAAGGUGCUGAGAGACAUGCAUGGACGCUG